ACAGGGUGCUGGCUAUAUCUAUCGUUAUUACCCAUAGAAGUACAAAUGGCUCUUUUUCGUUUGGUUCCCUCAAUUUAGCAACUGACAGCCCGGAUAAUGGAAAAUAGAGAUGAUAAAUGGAUAUGUGAACGAAUUCUCAUUCAUAUUGUUGAGGAUCAAUCAUAUUGUUGAUGGUUUUAUGCAACCGUUUCGCCAUUGCAAAUCCUCUACCUGCAGAAUCUACUGUACACCGACAGCAAAUUGCAGCUAUCAGUUGGAGAACUUGCCUUUUAUUUUCUAUCGUGUGCUCGGCAGUGUUUUCAUGUACCGUUCAAUCGUGUUGGAGUCUAAUCCAAUUCAGUUUUAUUUUGGAACGUGACUGUCACUGAUCCCAUAAGCUCCAUGGAGAUAUCCCGGCGCUAAUCUGAAAGCUCUGCUACUUGAUGUUCUCUCUAGUGUUUUUGUCUCUCUCUCUCUCAAUGAACGGGGAACAGAUUUCUCUCUCCUUGUCCCCGCCGCCUAUCUGAAGUUGGAGUAGGGCUGCUGUGCGUCUCGUGCCGCGCCGGGUCUCCCCUCUGCUAGAGUGCGUUUUUCCAUCCGCACUUCCCACUUCCUUUCCUUGUCUCAUUCGAUUACUUUGGCUGGCUUGUUUGUUGUCGGGGGUAACACUCUCGCCGAGGACGAUGGCCGAAUGCUUGCAGCUCUCUCUAGCCCUCUGUAGGAUUGGCUUCUAUACGUGUUUCCGAACGCUGUGCUGCAAAGGACCGCCCCCGCCGAGGCCGGAGUACGACGUGGUGUGCAUCGGACUGACGGGCGCCGGCAAGACCAGCCUCCUCUCCCGCCUGUGCAGCGAAGUCACGGACUGCGUCAUACCCACCACAGGUUUUAGCAUCAAAGCUGUACCAUUCCAGAAUGCCAUCCUGAAUGUAAAGGAACUUGGAGGGGCUGACAGCAUCAAGAAGUACUGGAGCCGCUACUACCAGGGGUCCCAGGGCGUGGUUUUCGUCCUGGACAGUGCGUCUUCGGAAGAGGACCUAGAAGUGGCCCGUGCAGAACUCCACUCGGCCCUGCAGCACCCCCAGCUCUGCACGCUCCCCUUCCUAAUACUGGCCAACCACCAGGACAAGCCGGCUGCACGCUCGGUCCAGGAGAUAAAAAAGUAUUUUGAGCUGGAGCCACUGGCCCGGGGUAAAAGAUGGCUUCUUGCAGGCAGCACUGUGGACAACAUGGACGCCGUAAAGGAGAGUUUCAGCCAGCUGAUCGGCCUUCUAGAGGAGAAGGAGACAGAUCCGGGACGGAUAUGAGGUGGUUCUCCUGAAGGACAAUAAAGGACUUUGACCCCCCACUCCCACCCCCUGUCUGGACUAAUUACAAUUAAAUAAAUGCUGGCUCUCUUCGUUGGUUGCAUUUAUAUGGAUGAGGGCAUUUUUGUCUUAAAGCCAUCUUCAUCAAACAAGAAAAACAGAACGGCAAAAGCUGCUUCUCUAUGGACAAGCAAAUAUCAAGUGCAGCUCGCGACUUCAUCUAGAACCAAAUGAAUGACAUUCCUAAAAAAGUGUUAAGUGUUAUGUAACUUCUGCACUCAUAAAAACACGUUUUCUUUUCCCUUGUGCCAUUUUAGUGAAACAACGUGGCUGAACUGAAAUGUAAGACGUUCAUGGGCUCUUUGUUCUGUUGAUAAAUACUGUAGGUAUGCGGUUUGUAAGUCUAUUGCACAGUGCUACUGAGUACAUAACAUUGUAUAUCAAGGCAUAUAAUAUUGGUGCAUACUGUGAGUUGAAUGGAAAGCAUGGCUGUCGAGUGUCAGUAAUUUUGUGUUGAAUGGGGGAAUGUUUUAGUGUUACAAGUACGUAGUGUUAAGUCUUAUGUCAUUUACAAACAUAAAGAAGAAAAAGAGCAUUGAAAAAUGUUGUUACAAAUGCCGAUGGUCUUGCUCUGAACUACUAUACAAAGAAGAAACACAUGCACCAAAAAGCACCUAGCAUUACAGUACAUGCUUGGGUGUGAGGGCGGGGAUCGUAAAAGAACACCAGUGGAGCAAUAUUUAGGCAAGACAGGUCAUCAAAGUGCAUGUUGCUGCAGAGCACGAAUGAUAAAGCUAUUCACAUCUAAAAAUGAAUUCCUGAAAACAGCCGAUAAUAAAAAUGGAUUUUAAAAAUU